AGACUGGCUGGCUCGUUGCGGGAAGAGUUGACAAUGAGACGUGUGGAGCGUUUGCAAUUAAAAAGUGCCCGAAGAGGAAACCGGCAGCCUUUGGAAUGGACAAAAAGGGCGUGUGUAGCAUAGUAGUUCGCGGCGGCGAGAGGGAAAAAGACGCGAAAUGGAAAAGCCUGGAACGGAAUACCGCGUGGGGUUGUCACGGCUAAGCGCGGCGGCGGAAGGGAAAGCGGCGCGGACGUUGCGGGGAAAGAGAAGGCUCGCUUUCUCCUGAGAAGGGGCUGCCGGUGCCUUAACGUUUGUCGCCUGGGUGUCGCUCGGGGCGAAACGCGUGUACGUUAGGCGAGGACUCCUCCCUGGUAACGCCGAGCCUCGGAAGGGAGAAAAGGGCCAUGUAGAAUGCCAGCAUCCAUAAUGUCCUGAAUCUGGAAACAAGUGGAAAAAAAGAAGUUCGUUCACAGGAAUUCAUUCCCUCCCACCCUCCCUCCAGUUUUUGGUUUGAUUCUUGUUUAUUUUAUAGUUAGAUUAAUGCAUUGCUGGAUGUGACUCUUCCACCAUGUGGCUUCUGAGGCUAAAGCACCAUUUCUCAAUUAAUAUUUGGACCCUGCUGCUUCUGGGUAGUUCUUGGUUGCCAUUGGCAAAAAGCACUACCAAAUCUUCCUCUCCUUUUAUGACUUUCCAAGUCACAGACUGGAGUUUGACACACUUGGUGGUCCACAACAAAACUGGGGAAGUAUAUGUGGGUGCUGUCAACCGGAUCUAUAAACUUGCAAACAAUCUGACAGAAAUGCGCACACAUGUGACGGGUCCAGUAGAAGACAAUGAGAAGUGUUACCCACCACCUAGUGUGCAGUCUUGCCCACAUGGGCUAGUCAGUACCAACAAUGUCAAUAAAUUGCUGCUGGUGGAUUACUCUGGGAAUCGUCUGAUAGCCUGUGGCAGUGCUUCACAAGGUAUCUGCCAGUUCCUACGCUUGGAUGAUCUCUUCAAGUUGGGUGAGCCGCACCACCGCAAGGAACACUACCUCUCUAGUGUCAAUGAAUCAGGAACAAUGUCUGGUGUUAUAAUUGAAGUGCAGAAUGGACAAAACAAGCUUUUCAUUGGAACUCCCAUUGAUGGAAAGUCUGAAUAUUUCCCUACUUUGUCCAGCCGUAAACUGAUGGACAGUGAAGAGAAUGCAGAGAUGUUUGGCUUUGUUUAUCAAGAUGAAUUUGUCUCUUCCCAGCUCAAGAUCCCAUCAGAUACACUGUCCAAGUUUCCCACAUUUGAUAUCUAUUAUAUCUAUAGUUUCAGUAGUGAGCAGUUUGUCUAUUACCUAACACUGCAGCUGGACACCCAACUUACCUCACCAGACUCUACAGGAGAACAGUUUUUCACCUCAAAAGUUGUCCGGCUAUGCGUGGAUGAUCCCAAGUUCUACUCAUAUGUGGAAUUUCCCAUUGGUUGUAUUCGAGAUGGCAUUGAAUAUCGCUUAAUUCAGGACGCUUACCUCAGUAAACCUGGAAGGGCCUUGGCCAAGCAACUGGGCAUUUCAGAACAGGACGACAUUCUGUUCACCAUCUUCUCACAGGGGCAGAAGAAUAGAGUCAAACCACCCAAAGAAUCUGUCCUCUGCCUUUUCACAUUGAAGAAGAUCAAAGACAAGAUCAAGGAGCGUAUCCAGUCUUGCUACCGUGGAGAAGGGAAGCUUUCUCUGCCCUGGCUUUUGAAUAAAGAAUUAGGUUGCAUAAAUUCACCCUUGCAAAUAGAUGAUAAUUUCUGUGGACAAGAUUUUAACCAACCGUUGGGUGGAACUGUCACCAUUGAAGGUGUGCCGCUCUUUGAGGAUAAGAAAGAUGGCAUGACAUCAGUGGCUGCUUAUGACUACCAUGGACACACAGUUGUUUUUGCCGGUACACGAAGCGGCAGGAUAAAAAAGAUCUUGGUUGAUCCUGCCAGUCCCAUUGGACAUUCAGUCUUUCAAUAUGAAAAUGUGAUAGCCCAUGAUGGCAGUCCAAUUUUGCGGGAUUUAGUGCUGAGCCCUGAUCUGCAAUAUCUUUAUGCCAUGAGUGAGAAACAGGUGACCCGUGUGCCAGUGGAAAGCUGUGAGCAAUAUACAACAUGUGCACUGUGCCUGGGUUCUAGAGAUCCUCACUGUGGUUGGUGUGUCCUACAUAACAUCUGUUCUCGGAAGGAGCGUUGUGAUCGAGCUGAUGAACACCAGCGAUUUGCCUCAGAUCUGCGUCAAUGUGUUCAACUUACCGUUCAGCCUAAGAAUAUAUCAGUCACCAUGUCGGAAGUCCCGCUGGUUUUGCAAGCCUGGAAUGUUCCUGAUCUCCUGGCUGGUGUGAAUUGUUCCUUUGAAGAUUUCACUGAAUCUGAAAGUCGCAUUGAAGAUGGCAGAAUCUACUGUAGUUCUCCAUCUACAAAAGAUGUGAUACCUAUUACCAGAGGACAAGGUGAUAAGCGAGUGGUAAAGCUUUAUCUUAAGUCCAAAGAGACAGGGAAGAAGUUUGCAUCUGUGGAUUUUGUAUUUUACAACUGUAGUGUUCACCAAUCCUGCCUGUCCUGUGUGAAUGGAUCCUUCCCUUGCCACUGGUGUAAAUAUCGUCACAUUUGUACUCACAAUGCAGCAGACUGCUCCUUCCUUGAAGGCCGUGUAAACAUGUCUGAGGACUGCCCACAGAUCCUUCCAAGCACCCAGAUCUAUAUCCCUGUUGGUGUAGUGAAGCCUAUCACUUUAACUGCCAAAAACCUGCCACAGCCACAGUCUGGACAGCGCAAUUACGAAUGCAUCUUUCAUAUCCCUGGGAACCCUUCCCGUGUCACUGCCCUGCGUUUCAACAGUACCAGCAUCCAGUGUCAGAAUACCUCGUAUUUCUAUGAAGGGAAUGACAUCAGUGACCUUCCAGUGAACCUUUCUGUUGUGUGGAAUGGAAACUUCAUAAUUGACAAUCCCCAAAACAUCCAAGCUCACUUGUACAAGUGCUCAGCUCUGAGGGAAAGCUGUGGGCUGUGCCUGAAAGCAGAUCCACGCUUUGAGUGUGGCUGGUGUGUGUCAGAAAAACGAUGUUCCCUCCGUCAACACUGCCCAGUAUCGGAAAGCAGCUGGAUGCAUGCAAGUAAUGGCAAUAGCCGUUGUGCAGAUCCCAAAAUCCUUAAGUUGUUUCCUGAAACAGGUCCCCGACAAGGUGGGACUCGGUUAACCAUCAUUGGUGAGAACUUGGGCCUGAAGUUUGAAGAUGUACGAAUGGGUGUACGGGUUGGCAAAGUGAUAUGCAUCCCCAUUGAAAGUGAAUAUAUCAGUGCUGAGCAGAUCGUCUGUGAGAUUGGAGAAGCCAGCCCCAGCAAAAUUCAAGAUGCUCCUGUAGAAGUGUGUGUCAGAGAUUGUUCUCCCAGCUACAAGGCUAUAGCUCCAAAAAGCUUCACAUUUGUGGCUCCUACCUUCUCACAAGUCAUCCCAGCUCGUGGGCCUCUUUCUGGGGGCACCUGGAUUAGCAUCAGAGGAAGACAUCUCAAUGCAGGAAGUAACAUCACGGUGACCAUUGGAGGACAACUAUGUGCUUUUGCAGGGAGAAAUGCUGGUGAAAUCCAAUGUAGGACCCCAUCUGGUCAGAUUCCAGGUAGUUCAGCCAUCCUCAUUCAUAUAAACCGAGCUGUGCUUAGUAGUGCUGAUGUUACAUAUUAUUAUACUGAGGAUCCCACAAUCCAAAAGAUAGAACCUGAAUGGAGUAUCAGAAGUGGUGGGACAUUGUUGACUGUGACGGGCACCAACCUGGCGACUAUCAAAGCACCCAGAAUCCGAGCCAAAUAUGGCACUGCUGAGAAAGAGAAUAAUUGUACAGUCUACAAUGAUACCAUCAUGGUGUGUUAUGCUCCUUCCAUUGAUAACCCAGUCAAGAGCCCUUCAGAACUUGGUGAUAGACCAGAUGAGAUUGGCUUUAUUAUGGACAAUGUUCAAGCCUUGUUGAUCAUCAACAGAACUAACUUUAUCUAUUAUCCAGAUCCUGUGUUUGAAUCCUUGCCAUCUGGUAUGUUGGAGCUCAAGCCAAGUUCUCCUCUUAUCCUCAAGGGCCGUAACCUUCUCCCACCAGCACCUGGUAAUUCUCGGUUAAACUACACUGUACUCAUUGGAGACACUCCAUGUGCUCUUACUGUUUCUGAAACUCAACUGCUCUGCGAGUCCCCAAACCUCACAGGACAGCAUAAAGUGACGAUUAAGGCUGGGGGGUUUGAGUUCUCUCCAGGGACACUGCUGAUCUAUUCUGACAACCUGUUGACUUUGCCAGCCAUUAUUGGUAUUGGUGGAGGAGGCGGACUUCUCUUGCUCAUCAUCAUAAUUGUCCUUAUUGCAUACAAACGGAAGUCUCGAGAUGCUGACCGUACCCUUAAACGUCUCCAGCUGCAAAUGGACAACUUGGAAUCACGGGUGGCCUUGGAAUGCAAGGAAGCUUUUGCUGAGCUGCAGACUGAUAUCCAUGAACUGACCAAUGACUUGGAUGGGGCUGGCAUCCCCUUUUUGGAUUAUUGCACCUAUGCCAUGAGAGUCCUCUUUCCAGGAAUAGAAGACCAUCCUGUCCUGAAAGAAAUGGAGGUCCAGGCCAAUGUAGAGAAGUCUUUGACACUCUUUGGGCAGCUCUUGAACAAAAAGCACUUCCUGUUAACUUUUAUUCGAACCUUGGAGGCCCAACGCAGCUUCUCCAUGCGCGACCGGGGUAAUGUGGCCUCUUUAAUUAUGACAGCCCUACAGGGUGAGAUGGAAUAUGCCACUGGAGUGCUGAAACAGCUUCUCUCAGAUCUGAUUGAAAAGAAUUUGGAGAGCAAGAACCAUCCCAAAUUGCUCUUGAGGAGGACUGAGUCGGUGGCUGAAAAAAUGCUCACCAACUGGUUCACAUUCCUUCUGUAUAAGUUCCUAAAGGAGUGUGCAGGUGAACCUCUGUUCAUGUUAUAUUGUGCCAUCAAACAGCAGAUGGAGAAGGGGCCUAUAGAUGCCAUCACUGGAGAAGCCCGCUAUUCCCUGAGUGAAGACAAGCUCAUCCGGCAACAAAUUGACUACAAAAUGUUGACACUAAACUGUGUGAAUCCUGAAAAUGAAAAUGCUCCUGAAAUUCCAGUCAAGGUCCUAAAUUGUGAUACCAUCACACAAGUGAAGGAAAAGCUGUUGGAUGCUGUGUACAAAGGAGUACCAUAUUCCCAAAGACCCAAAGCAGGAGAUAUGGACUUGGUGAGCACGAUCCCCAGUGACCCCAUGCCCUUCUCUUCCAUCGGUGCAGAGUGGCGGCAGGGCAGGAUGGCUCGGAUAAUUCUUCAAGAUGAAGAUGUCACCACAAAGAUCGACAAUGACUGGAAAAGACUCAACACUCUAGCUCAUUACCAGGUAACAGAUGGUUCAUCUGUGGCAUUGGUGCCCAAGCAGAACUCUGCCUACAACAUUUCCAAUUCCUCUACUUUCACAAAAUCACUCAGCAGAUAUGAGAGUAUGCUCCGGACAGCUAGCAGCCCUGACAGUCUCCGUUCCCGGACCCCCAUGAUCACACCUGACCUGGAGAGUGGCACCAAGCUAUGGCAUCUGGUGAAGAAUCACGAUCACAUGGAUCAACGAGAAGGUGAUCGUGGCAGCAAGAUGGUCUCAGAAAUAUAUUUGACUCGUCUGUUGGCUACUAAGGGAACUUUGCAGAAGUUUGUGGAUGACCUUUUUGAGACUAUCUUCAGCACAGCCCACCGAGGGAGUGCCUUGCCUCUGGCCAUCAAGUACAUGUUUGACUUCCUGGAUGAACAAGCUGAUAAGCACCAGAUCAAUGACUAUGAUGUCAGGCACACUUGGAAGAGUAACUGUCUACCUCUGCGUUUUUGGGUUAAUGUCAUUAAGAACCCGCAAUUUGUGUUUGACAUUCAUAAGAACAGUAUUACUGAUGCCUGCCUAUCAGUGGUGGCUCAGACAUUCAUGGACUCCUGCUCAACUUCUGAGCACAAGCUAGGGAAAGACUCUCCCUCCAAUAAACUACUGUAUGCCAAGGACAUCCCUAACUAUAAGAGCUGGGUAGAAAGAUAUUAUGCAGAUAUAGCUAAAAUGCCAGCAAUCAGCGAUCAGGACAUGAGUGCCUAUUUGGCAGAGCAGUCACGGCUACACUUGAGCCAAUUCAACAGCAUGAGUGCCCUGCAUGAGAUCUACUCAUACAUUACUAAGUACAAGGAUGAGAUUUUAGCUGCUUUAGAGAAGGAUGAACAGGCCCGAAGACAACGGCUGCGAAGUAAGUUGGAGCAGGCAAUUGACACAAUGGCUCUAAGUAGCUGAAAAGGCCGAGUUGUUGUUGCAGACUUCCUAGCAGCGGAGGCUAAAAGAGAAAGCGGCAAGCAAGUUGCAGCAACAAGAAAACACACAAGAUAUAUUGGGGCUCAGCACGAAACAGUGCACAGAGUCUGCUGCGUCUUUGAACCUUUUGCACCGAUUGAACAGAAGAAAAUCAAACAAUCCUUUAAAUCAUUAUUAUCAAAGCAAAUUGAAACAAUUUAAGGACCUUUUUGAAAGGAGCGACUGACGUGGCAAAGAACCUGAGAGACCCAAGAUGUGUGAGAAGAGCCGGGGGGGAAGAAAUUCCAGCUGAACUGCUACUGUCCCUUCCCCACCAAGGCUUGCCCCAAAUCUGGCAAAGGAAGGUUGGGGCAUGCACUAACUUCUAGGGCAAUGUUUUUACAUUAUGUUUUUCUUAUAGCAGGCGGGUGGGCAGUCUUAUCAUUUUUUUUCCGUUCUGUAUUUGCUUCGACUCCCACCUUGACUGGACAACUCAACUCUUCAAUCUACUCCUCCUUUCUUUCUCCCUGGCCUACUGCCUCUAGUGUUAACUGCUAAAUUUGCACAAUUUUCACAAGCUAAUGCUGUCCUUUCAGGGACUGAAAGGAUAUGGAAGGAGGAGGGAAGUUGCAAAUCUGCAAGAAAUCUUCCCAAGAUUUGUUUUUCCCCCAACAAAUUAUUGGUGUGGGAGAGAAACGAGGGUGAGUAGAACCUAGAGAAGCAGUCCCAGGCCUCCUUUAUUCUUUCUACAGUUCGUCCUGUGCCAUUUUAAAACGUUAUUGAGCACAGGCCAAAUAAAUGCUCUCAUUUUGAAUGCUGCUUAAGAGUGUGCUGGAGACUUAGAAAGGCAAAACUAAAAAUAAAAAAGAGGGAUAGGCACAUAUAAAAACAAUCUCACCUAAAGAAAGACUUUUCUCAUCUAUUAGAAGCAAUGCAACUUCCCAAUACACCUUGCAUUGGAGGUUUAUACAAGUCAGAAUCAGCUUUUAUAAGCAGAGUUUAUAAAACUUUCUCAAAAUUGCCCCUACUCAGUUUUCAUUGUACACACAAAUACACACACAAACUUCUCCAUGUGUAAGCUUUCCAUUUAGAGGUCAAAGAUACUUUCAAAGAAGCUCUCCAUAUACAAGUGUCAUAUAGCCAGAGAGAAAGGAGCUAUCUAGUCUAAUAGCUCAGUAUUGCAAAGGAGAAUGUUCAGGUUAAGCAGGAUCAUGCAGGCAGUUUAGAGAAAAGCUUUUUUUUUUUUUUUUUUUUUUUAGCCUUUUGAAAUUGCAUUGCUCCACCUCAUUCCACUGGCUCUCCCAAUGGCAACAUAAAGCCUGGUCAGAUUAUCAGAAGGGCAGUCUUUAUUCCAAAAAGUAAAAAAAAAGCGUUCCUACAUGCAGUUGCAGCUUAGCCCUGAUAAAUAUGGCAUGUCGGUUCCAGCGUUGUUUUAUGUAUGUAUGUAUGUGUGUGUGUGUGUGUAUGAGUGAGGGGGAGGGGUUGCGCAUGCUCAUGGACAUUCAACUCUUCCAAAUACUGAUUACAGCAUCCGCCUAUCUUCAGCAGGCUAAUUCCAAAAACAAAACCAGGCUUAAAGUUUAAAACAGGCUUGUCCAACCUAUAGCCCUUGGUCUGCAUGCAGCCCUGGACAGCUACAGUAGUAAUGUGGCCCCACAAGAUGAUAAACCUUUCACAUUAUUAUGUGGCUUAUAUAUGUUGUUGUCAGUGUGUGAAAUUAGGCAUUUUAUAGAAUGCCUAGGAAAUCUAUAGAAGGUCAAAAAUCAAAGUAUGAAACACUUAACAUUUCACACAUUUCCUGGGCAUUCUAUGCAAUGCAAAAAGGCAAACCAGCAAAGUACAAAAUACUCCUGCUAAAAUCCCAUUCUAGCCUUCCUUGUUGCAACAUGUAGGUCAAUAUUGGUCUUUUUGCCUUGGGUUUUUUUUUUCCCCCAGUAAGAAAAAACUUUUAUUUUGCAUUUCUUCUUUUAUUUUCAUAUAUGUCUUUCCAAUAAAGGGUUAGAGUUAGGGUUAGCCUGAACUUAAUCCUAAACUAACCCUAAUCCUUUUCAUGUCUCUCUUUUCAUGCUUUUCCUAAAUAGUUCUUGUCAUUGGGCAUAAUGCCUAGGUAUUACAUACAAUGUCUAGAGAAAGGGUAGAGCGUAUUAAAAUAACACAGACAUUUCAUACUCUGCUUAGAAACGUCACCCAUUCUUUUGCUCACGUUUUGUUUGUUUUCUUGUUUUGUAUUUUACCUUUUAUGAUAAAACAAAAUAAACGUACAUAAAAGAGAGACGUCACACAUUCUAUACAUCUUCUAGGCAUUCCAUAUAAUGCCAGCUUUUCACACAUUGCCGGUAACAUAUACACUAUUACAUAUUUAACAUGCACCCCAAGACAAUCCCACUUUACUCAGUGUGGGCCAGACAAGCCAAAAGGUUGGACAAUCAUGCUGUAAAGCAAGAAAUUAUGGCUAGGCCACCAAAGCUGAGCCUGCAACCAAGUGCUCUUUGUGCGCAACAAAAUAUUCUGUGAGAAACAGACAUGACAGCAGCUGGAUUGAUAGGCCGACCCAUGAGAAGGAAAGAGAAAACGAGGCUCUUUAAUUGCAUGGAAGCACAACCAUUCGGGAUCUUUUUUGUAGGCUGAUAUCAGCAACCAGUUAUGAUGAGGACCCAGAUUGUUGUGGGCAAUAGGCUGACUCUGUAAACCGCUUAGAGAGAGCUGUAAAAGCACUGUGAAGCGGUAUAUAAGUCUAAGUGCUAUUGCUAUCUCUCUGGAAAGUGUUUGGGUAGUUGCUUCCUUGUUAGAAACUUUAAAUGAUCUAUGACCAACACAAUAUUCUCACUCCCCGUUUAUUUAUAACUUGCUUUGGUUAUCUUGCCACCCUGUUUCUUUAAGUAGGGGAUAAAUAAUAAUCUCCAUAGGAACAGCAUAGGAUUGUCUGCUCGCAUUUAAUGUUAGUGCCUAAGUUAGCAGAAAGGUCACUGCCCCUUCCACAGCUCUCCUAAUUGGACACCUACUUUCUAUUUUCUCCUAUUUCUUCCAACCCCAAAAGUGUAAUUUCUUUCUAUCCUGAUUCUGAGCAUUACCUGAUUCUGGGGUUGUUGGUUAUCAAACAAUCACCAGGGGAAACAGAUGCUAACAUUGGAAAACAAUGGAAAGUCUGUUAAAAACUGAGCAAAGUCUUGGUUACUUGCUUGUUCUCUAGACUGAAUCAGACAUCUCCCAUAUGAUUUAAAGGCAAGGCUUUCUUUAUUGCUACCGUGGAGAUUUCCAAGGUAUCUUGUAAUGUUUUAGAAUGGAAUGUGUGUUCCUUUGUCUUGUCUUUGCACAGUUCAUUUAGAAGGUAUCCUCAGUUAAAAGCAAAGCCUUUAUACAGGUAGUCAAAAUGAUGUAUGACCAUUCGUUUAACAAUCAAAGGGAUGACGGUGCUUUCAUUGGGAUUCUUCCUGGAUUCUGUUUCCUUUUUCCUUCCCUUCUGUCAUUUAUUUCUUCAUCAUUCCAUCAAAUAUUCCACUCUUUGCAUGAAGACAUUCAGUUCCAUUCUGUAUGUAAAGCUUUUUACUAUUAUUUUAAAUGUACCAAUGUGUUGAAGUCACUGCCCUAAUUUAACUCAGGUGACCAAAUCCACCCAAUUUUCAGUCUUCACCUAUCUGCCUAUCAAGUACCAAUAAAUUAAGGUGUUCGACCUAGUGUUGAAAGAGCCUGAUCCUACCUAAAUAAGUGGAAGAAAGAGAUGUGAUGUGGUGUGUGUGUGUGUGUGUGUGUGUGUGUGUGUGUACACAAAAUGUUACAAUCUAAUUUUUUAAGCCUUGGUGGGGCAACUGUACAAUUAAUUGGAGGAGUUGAAACAAUAUCAAAUGUGGCUUUUUACACUAAACAAUGGAAAAUACCAAAUGGGGAAAAAACAUAUUAACAUUCCUCACCAGUAGAACAAUCCUUUGAAUAUACAUCUCAAAUUAUUUUGUAAUUUUUAUUUUUAAUUAUUUCUUUAAUUAAAGAGGAGGAGGAAGAGAAGACAAUAAAAUAAAACAAACUUUUAAAAAAAUGUGGAGUCCUGAGAUAAUUCUGGAUCCAUAAGACCUGUGGGCUGUUGCAUGACUGUGAUAGAAUUUAGUCUGAGUUAAUCAUUUUUGAAAAGAAAAAAAAAUGCAAGUGUUGAAUAUUAGAGGUUUGGUUAGACUUUUAUUUUUUUUUUUGAAAUUUUGGACUUAAUUUGUCACUUCUUGUACAAGAAACAAAAAAGAAUUAAUGUAAAUCGUUUAUUUCUGAAAAAUGGUACUCAAAUAAGUCUUAAAGGACAGCUAAAUGUUGCUGCACAGGAAGGAUACCAUAAUGGUUUAGAGGUUCACAUCUCCAGACUUUGAAGUCUACUUGGGACUAUAAACACUAUAUGAUUUAUGUUCCUCAACGUGGCUUAUCUUUCCACUUUACAAAUUGUAUCAUGGAUCACAAAGAAGCAAAUUCGGCUUUGUGGUUCCACGUGAUCAGAAUCUUCGUCUGUUUUGAUUAAUACAAAGAAUUUCUUCUUUAAAAAGUUACAUUUUUUUUCAGGAGCUGCUUAGAAUCCUAGUGCUUAAGCUUGAAAAGGAACUUGGAGAUCAUUUCAUCCAACUGCCCAGUCUGCAGUCUGCUACUUUAUGGCCACCCAACUUCUGUUUUAACACUAGGAAAAAGAGGCAGUCUGUUCUGUUAUUGAACAGCUUUUAAGAUUAGGAUAUUUAUUCAAUUUAAAUCUACCUAUCAUAUAAACCCCUCAUUUUUCAUUUUGCAUCCUGGAACAACAAUUCUGCCCUGUCUUCUGUGCGACAGCUGUUCAGUAUGGCAGUCAUCUGUCUCUCCUCUUCUCCAGGCUAAACAUGUCCAGCACUUUCAACUGUUCCUUGUAUGUCUUUCCUUCCAGACCUUAGUUUCUCUUCUCUGGAUGUGCUUUAGAUUGUCAAUAUCCUCCUUAAUAUGGAGUGCUCAGAACGGGACACAAUAUUAUAAAUGCAGUGUGACCAAUACUGAAUAUAUGGGAGCAAUUCUAUUGAUGUUGUCAUGUUACUUUUGAUACUACAAUCAUAAGAUUGCAUUUGCUUUUUUUUUUUUUUUUUUUGCAGCUGUAUCACAUUGUUGGCCAUGUUAGCAAGAUCCCUCCAGAUCCAUUUUGCACAUAUUGUGGCCCAGUAUGGUCUGCUCCCCAGUUCUUAUAUUCAUAUCUUUGAUUUGUCCUACCCAAACACUGCAUUUGUCCAUAUUGACAUUCACAGUCCUAGUUUCUACUUAUUUCAGUUUGUGAAAAUCCUCCUGAAGGUGAAGUAUUUGUUACCUUUCAUCUUUAUGUCAUCUGAAACUUGAUAAAAUUUUUCUACCCUUCGUCCAAGUCAUGUACAAAUAGGUUGAAUAGCACAGAUUCUGAAAUGCAGCAUUUGUUACACCACUCAAUACUUAUUUCCAUCUAAACAAUUAGCUAAUUAAAUUUGUUGGGUACAGUCAUUCAGUUAAGGUCCUCUCCAGCUGAUAGAAUAGCCUAAUCCACUAAAAUCUCAUGAUUCCUGAAGUCAAGGGAGACCAUGUACACACCAUCUCCAUUAUGACUAAACUGAUCACCAAGAUCAGUUUGGUGUCAUUUAUUUUUGAUAAAGCCAUGCUGGAGUUUCGUUAUUCAUAUUAGGUUGAUCGUGAAGUAAAUCAAUAUUGGGAAUUACAUGAAGGUCCUGCAGAAUGCAAAAUUAAGUAUAGAGAUUUGGGAUUUAUUCUUUUUGAAAAGUUUUGCUUAUGAAACAGCUUGUUUUCCCCAUUAUUGGCCUUGAUUCAACUAAACCAUUAUCAUUGUUCUGUGGCAAUGAUUUGAUCCCUGGGGAAAAGAGUCCUGCCAAAUAUAAACAAAUAGAAUAAAAUAAAAAAAGUAAUGAUGAUGAAGUGUGUGGAAAAGUCGACAUUUUUCUGUAUCUUCUAGGUUCUUUGCCAGGUGGACAAACAACUUCAGUUAAAAUAGCUGAAAAGCAAUAAAUUAAUCAGUGUAUGGCCAAGUGUGGUAGACUAAUCUUAUUGGUGGAACAAACAGAUCCUGAAUGUACUGCAUAUUUGCAGGCACAAUGAAAGCCUGGCGAAUGCUUUUUCACAUGCAAAGGCUUCACUCAAGAGAUAGAAAGUGAGAUCGAUCCAUUAUAGCAAUAUUCAGAUGGGGCAUGAAAAAAGUUGUUCGUCCCCAUGACUGCUUUGUAUUGAGGGAUGCAUCUCUGUAUUUUGAAGGGUGGAUGGAAGAGGUAUAAUUAUCUGGCUCUGUCUAUCAGUUUGUCUGCUAUUUAAAAAGAGCCAGCCACUUUCCAGACGGUGCCUGAGGCAAAAGAGAAGCUCAGUGGCUGUCCCAUAUAACAGGAGAAAAAUAUAUGACAAGUAGGCAACUGAACCCAGAUGCUCAUCUUUCUCACCAUGGUGCUUGUGGUUUCACAGAAAAUAAACAAUUAUUUGUGUGACCACACAUUCCUCCUGUAUUUCCAAAGGGCUUACAGUCAGAUUCAUAAGGGAUCGCUCGAAUGAAUAAAUGGGGCAUCCCUUUAAUCCUAUUUGAUUGUAGUUUCAAACCCUGCACUAUUGCACUUGUAUAAAGCCCUACAUAUGAACAGUUCCACACUGCAAACAGUUACGCUACACUUCUGGGGACUGGCUGUUCACUUGAUGUCACCAUGCAACUUACAGAGUUGAUCAUCCUUGCCUGCCAAUGGAGUUGUUCACUUCUUUGUACUACACCAAUGGGGGGGGGGUCUUGGAGAUGUAAUUUGGGCUUAUUUGGUUGCCCUUUUUAAUUCAGUGCCUCAACUCCGUUAAAAUUCUUCAAUAUGAGAGCAAACCUGCAUGCAUCUUAUGUUCAAUUUCUCUCCCAGUCUCUCCAUAGUAGCAAUUGGCAUUUUUGCAUGCAAAAUUAUUUAAAUAAUUAUCUCAUCUGACAAUGGUUCAGUAUUACUCCUAAGAGUUCACUGAAUACAUGGGGAAGGUUGAUAUUACUAUAUUGCUGGAAGUUUUUAAACUGUGGAGUCAUAACGCCCACUUCAGCAGAACUUACUAGUAGGCCAACAUACUUUUGUCCCUUUUUAGUGUCCAUGGAAAAUAAAUACUUUGAAACAUGAGACCAAUUUUCUUUUUCUUGGUAUAGCCUUUUGAUAGCAUCACUCAUUAUUUUUCCUGGUGGGUAAAUGAGUCCCAUUGUUGGCCAUACCCUCCAAAGUUAGCCUAUGUAGCAAAUUCAUACUUUAUGAAGUUAUCUUACGAAGUGGUUUUCCUAGUGAAAGAGUCAUUUAAAAAGCUAGGCAUCUUUGUGGGCAUUUGAUCAUUUUUUCUUUGUUGUUCAUCUACCCUGUUUUAUUUAACUACUGUAUAUUGAAAGUCGGCAUACUUCAGAUACCAAAAUCCCUAAAUGGAUUGAGGAUCCGUAGCCUACUUCUCUAGUUCUUAGAAAUGUCUGGCUAGCUCCUCAUGGAUUACAUGGACUUUUCAUUUUACUCUGUAAAAUCAUUCUUGUAUUCCUUAGCAAUGAUUCUCUUAGCUUUUCACUUCUGUUGAUGUUGUCUAAGCUGUCCUUUCUUAUUUCCACUUAUUUCUCUUGAGGGUCUGCUCUUCUCAUAUAACUGUUUGUAGUUUUUUUCCUAUUAAGAGCAGGGAUUAACAGUGAGGAGCGGCAGAAUGAAUUUACUUUCCACAAGUAUAAAUAUUUUAUUAGAUUUUUCAUCAGAUUAUGUUGACCCUUGAUGCACCCAGUUAUACAAAUACUCUGCCAAGAUAAUGUCAGGCGCUUUGACUGCAAUAUUGAAUCCCCAGAAGUUUCUGUAGUUAAGCAGUUAUUUUAACUGUAGUUAUUCAUGUCAUUACAAUAGGCAAGAUAUUUUGAUAUGCCUUUUGAUUGAUGCUCAAAUGAGCACAUAAGAAAGUUGUAUACAUAAGCAGGAAAAUCUUGGAUUAACACGUCUUUACAAAAAUCCUUCAAAAGCAAAACAGUGGAAUGUUAAAAUGGCAACCCUGAUACUGAAUAAAUAGAGAUUAUCCAACACAUUUUUCUUAGUAAAGUUAACUCAAGGAUUUCUAAAAGUAUCAAAUAUCAGAAACAAAAAAGAGCAUUUAUCAUGUCACUACUUAAAAUUGCACAUAAGCAUUAUGCCAAUUGAUUCCCACCAACAUUAUUUGCGAUUCCCUACCAAUAAAUCUAGUGUCUACUCCAGCAUCCAUGACUUGAUAAAUUUUCCAUUAUUUGAAUACCCUUGUAAGGAAAAGAUGCAUUUGAAAUACUUUUGGUUCUUCAGGGACUAGUUCAGGUUUUACAUUCAUUGUUCAUAAGCGUACACAUAUUUCAUUUCCUCCCUUUAGUCUCCCAUCCCUUGCAUUCUUAAAUAUAAAUGCAGUUUUAGGACACAAUGGGAAUGUGUUGAAGGAGCAACUCGGUAGAAAAAUGAUGAAGGCAUUGUGAUUAAUAAAUGAUCUGAUCUCAAACUGCACAGUUCUGAGAGUUGAGUUCUGAGACUUGAGAGCAAAUUUGAGACAGCUUUUUGUUCCCUUAAAAUCAUUGGCUUUUCUUCAAAGUUCAUAGUGUUCUAAUAUAAGAAAUCCCUCAUCAAGUGAGAAUGACAAAUCAGUUGUCUUCAAUUACCCCCCCCCCCAAAUGUGCAAAAUUACAGAAGUCUAAUAACAUGCACAAAAUCCCAUCCAUGUGAGCUACACACUCUGGACCCAUUUACCUAGAGUAGAAGGCAUAGUUCUACUUUCAUCUUCCAGACAGCUGGCCUGAAGGACAAACACUAGCUCUGUGCAGCAAGGUUUACAAUUUAUCCCAGGUUCUUUUUGCACAUGUGCUCCAAGAAAAAUUAUACAGGGAGUAAGUACUUCCAGCUCUUUGGAACUGGAAGGUUUAGGGAUAGUUCCCAAAUGUGGAAUAGGGGAGUGGGUACACUGGACAAAGAGAGUGAGCUAAUCCCUUUUUCCCUUGAAAUGUUCCUCUUUUCAGCACUUUUGGUACUUCUUUGGGCUGAAUAUAUAUUCCAGCACUGUAGGGCGCUGCCACUCACACUUAUUUCUAAGGAAUGUCAAGGCUGCAGUUAACUGUCCUUUAAGAAACAGGGAAGGGGGUGGUAUGGGAGGGGAGGCAGAGAGGAAACCAUAAAAAAAAAUACACAGAAUUUUAAUAGUAAAUUUAAAAAAAAAUCAUAACUUUAUGUGAUUGUUUCAGACUUGAAGCAACUGUGCCAGUAUGGCAGGUCGGCACCCUUUGGUUGUGUAAAUAUCCUGCUAUUUCCUAUUUUAAUGUUCUUCAGAUUUAGUACUUGUAAAUAAACACGCACAUUAAGAAGAGAUUAAACAUUUUUGCUAUAGAA